CUGUUGUGUGGGGAUCCUUUGUAUCAUUCUACUGUUGGGCAUCAUAGCAGUCGUCGUCUACCACCUUGCUACAUUAAGUCAUGAAAGUGAGCUGAUGGCUGCCAUUCACAACCUGACAAACCUGAACAACAAACUCAGCUUAGACAAUGAAAAGUUGAGGAGGGACAACAACAAUCUGACAGUCCAGUUGGGCAACCUGACACAAAACUAUACUGUCUUAGAAAGUAAGAUCACAAACCUGACUGCAGACGUCCAGAACCUGAAUGUAGAGGUCCAGAACCUGACAACACGAAACCUGCAGCUGGAGACACAGAGGAAGAACUUAGCAGAACAAAUAGAAAACAUGAAGACAAACUGGAAUAAACUCAACGUCAGCCGAGCUCAGUGGAGCAUUGAUGCCUACUGCCCCACAGUAAAUAAAGGGAGACAGUGUAAAGCUUGUCAGGAGGACUGGGAUCUCAGCGGGUCUAACUGCUAUGUGUAUCAUAACGCUGCUCCUCCUCAUCAGAAAACCUGGGAAGAAGCUCGAGAAAACUGCAGAGGAAAGGGUUCAGAUUUGGUUGUUGUACAUAAUGAAGAGGAAAAGGAUGCACUCAAUAAAUACAGCGUGGGUAGUUCAGGAACUGAUGGAUACUGGUUUGGCCUGAGAGCUGAAGGUGGGAGAUGGAAGUGGAUUGAUGGAAGUAAUCUGACUGAAAGCUACUGGACACCACAACCUCCUACUACUGCUACUGAUGGUCAGUGUGGAAUGUCUGUCCAGAACGUAGGAUGGAGAUCAGUGAACUGUACUGAGAAAAAACAAUGGAUCUGCAUAAUGAAGGUUUUAUCUGUUUAAACACUGCAGUCAGACUCUGCAUGAUAAUAUCAACUGGCUUAUAAAUAUCAAACUAUGAAGACUUCUACUUCACAAUUCUUCAAAACUGUUUGUGUGUGUCU